AUCAUUGAAGAGCGAAGAACAGAGCACUCUCAGCUCUCAGUUUCAGUUCAGUUGAGAGAACAUACGUGAUUACAGCCACAGCAUGCUGGGAUCUACUGCCAUUUGUUGCCUCAGUUUGAUGUUGCUGCUGCCUUCUGCAAGCCUGGCUGUCUACGAUCAUCAUCGACUGCCCACCUCGCUGGAACCACUGCACUAUGAUCUACGCAUCCUCACCCAUCUGAAUGCCACCGAUCUGCGCUUCGAGGGUGACGUGAGCAUCGAUCUGCGAGUGCUGCAAUCAACGCAGAACAUAACAUUGCAUGCGAGGAAUCUACGGAUAAAUGAGUCUCGCAUUUCCCUAACUGGAAAGGGAUUUACGGCCACAGAGGAGCUUCAGAUCGAGCUGAAUGAGCUCUACGACUACUACAUCCUGCAUCUGUGCAGGGAACUGGAGUUGGGUGAGAUCUAUCAGCUGACGCUGCACUUUGAGUCAUUGCUGAAUGCAACAGAAUCGGGCUACUACAACAGCUCCUACACGAAUGCAGAGACCAAGGAGAAACAUUACAUGGCAGUCACACAGUUCUCGCCUACGUUUGCCCGGCAGGCAUUUCCCUGCUUCGAUGAACCCUACUGGAAGGCCACCUUCAACGUGACCCUCGGCUACCACAAAAGCUACACGGGUCUCAGCAAUAUGCCCAUUCGCAGGUGCCACAAGCACGAAAGCCUCCACAGCUAUGUGUGGUGCGAGCACGAACAACUCUUGCGGACAUCCGCCUACCUGGUGGCCUUUGCGGUCCACGAUCUGACCAACGCGGCCACCGUGCCGAGCGACACCAAGCACGGGGUGAUCUUCCGCAACUGGCUGCAGCCCAAGGCGGUGGAUCAGGGCAACGUGUCCAUCGAAAUGGCCCCCAAGGUGCUCGGCUACUUUGAGGAUCUCUUCCAGUUGGACUUUCCGCUGCGAAAGAUCGACCAGUUUGCGGCGCCCACGCACAGGUUCUCGGCCAUGGAGAACUGGGGUUUGGUCACCUUCAAAGAGGACAAGUUCGUGCACAUUCCGGGCGUGGAUCUGCAGGAGCCAGAGGACAGCAAGGCCAAGACACUGGCCCACGAGUACGCCCACCAGUGGUUCGGCAACAUUGUGACCAUGAAAUGGUGGAACGAUCUCUGGCUGAAGGAGGGUCCGUCCACGUAUUUUACCUAUCUGGCACUGGAUGCCCUGCAGCCCGCUUCGGGUCGCGGCGAGCGAUUUAUAGGCAAGGAUUUGGCUCGUUUCUUUCGCCAGGACUCGGCCAGCUCGGUGCGAGCGAUUUCCAGGGAGGUGAAGGAUCCUGCACAGAUCCUUGGCCAGUUCACAGAGUACGUCUAUGAGAAGGGAGCGCUGAUUGUGCGAAUGCUGCACAAGCUGCUCGGCGAGGAGGCCUUCUUCCUGGCCAUUCGCUCCUAUCUCGCCCAGCACUCCUUUGGGAAUGUGGCGCAGGCGGAUCUGUGGCAGUCCAUGCAGCAGGCAGCCAAGGAGCUGAAGGUGCUGCCCGCUGACUUCCAGCUUGCUCCAGCCAUGGACACGUGGACUCUGCAGGGUGGCUAUCCACUGGUCACCGCCAUUCGAGACUACGAAACGGGUAGGGUGAGCCUCAAUCAAACGAGAUUUUACCUGGAGAGGGGCCUGAGGGAAGCCGCUGCCACUGCCGACAACUGCUGGUGGGUGCCGCUGAGUUUUGUCUCCCAGACUCAGCCCGACUUUGAGCAAACUCGUCCACAGUUUUGGCUAGAGUGUCCCAGACAGACAGUGGAACUGCCCAGUGGACCCUCUCGCGAUGGGUGGCUCAUUCUGAAUCCGCAGGUCAGUGCCAUUUAUCGCGUGAAUUAUGACGAGCAAAACUGGCGAAUGAUCAUCAACAGCCUGAGGAAUGAUCCCAACUUUGGGGACAUUCACGUGCUCAACAGAGUCCAGCUAAUGGAUGAUCUGAUGGCCUUGGGUGGGGUACAACUUCUCAGCUAUGACUGGGCCUUCGAUCUCUUUGAGUAUCUGCAGCGGGAGGAGCACUUCUUGCCCUGGGACAGGAGUUUGGGCCUCCUGAAUCGCAUUGGAAUGCUGCUGACUGGGCAACAGGCAAAAGAGUUCAGGGUUUACAUGGCAAAGCUACUCACUCUGCUCUACAGACGCCUGCCCAAGCUGGGCGCCCGCACGGGCAUGUCCUCAACCAUCAGGGACAUGGCGCUAACGCGGUUGACCUACACGCAGGCCUGUCGCUACCGCGUGGACGACUGCAACGAACAGGCAAAGCUGCUCAUUAUGCGACAUUUGAAUACCCUGGAGCUACCCGCCGACCUCCAGGAGGUGGCCUACUGCACCACCAUCGAGCAGGGCGGCGAGGCGGAGUUCCAGCAUGUGUGGCAGCUCUUUAGGAACUCGACGCACGCCUCACAGCAGGGUAUGUGGGCCUCGGCUCUCGGCUGCAGCCGCAACAUCAGUCUGCUGAGGCAGUUCCUGGACUACACUCUCGAGUCGGAGAAGAAGGAAACCAACGAUUGCUACUUGCUGGCGGUGCAGACCACACUGACACGUGAGCAUUUGGGCGUCGAGGCUGCCGACCACACACUCUCCCAUGCCAAGAGACUCAAUGAAAAGUUCAAGAAACGCCAGUUGACGAGCCUACUGCAGACCCUGGCUGGAGGUCUACAUAAACCACAAGAUUCGGAGAGACUCAGGGAGCAAUUGAAGGACCUGAAGCAGUUCGAGAAACCACUGCAGAAAGCGCUCGAGUUGGUCAGGGUGAACCAACAAUGGCAAAGGGAUUGCUCCGCUGAUUUCAGUCAGGCUCUGGCAAAGUAUAUCCAAUAAACAGGAAAAUCCUCUCUCAA